AAAAUGGCGGCUCUUUGGCGUUGGAUUUUGGUGAAAUCUUGAUGUUCUUCCCAUUGAUUUUUGUAGUUUGAAGCGAAAAUGUUGCCUUUCGUGAAUUCGAAAAGUUCAUUAGCUAAGUUAGCAGAAUGGAGUCCGUCGGAUUGGCCAGAGUCCUUGCCAGAAAUGAGGGUAAUUCUUGAAAUACCUUCACUCCUAUAACACCAACGUUUGCAACAUUCAAGCUUUUAUUUUUCUGUUUAUACGAUAUUUAAUCUCAUUCUUUAGACGAUCGACAAUCUACUUAGAUGUUCUAUUUGCUACGAAUUCUUUGAUGUUGCGUUGAUGAUUCCCGAUUGCUCCCACAACUGUAAGUUAAAUUAUUUAAAGACCAUUGAUUCAAUUUUUUUCUUUUUUGUUUAAGUUUUUUUUUUCGAGAAGUACAGGGCUAGUAUUCUUCCUGGGUGUUUCGUUGGGUAAAUCCCUGAGGAAUUUUCCGUGUCUUUUAUAAGUCUCUGGCCAAACAGUGGAGCUGUGCCACGUGAUUAUUUCCAGUGGAUGUUUAUAUAUUACACAUACGAUUUUUUACUACGAUGGAAUAUUGUACUUCAGGCCCCGGUUGUUCAAACGUUCGAUAGCGCUAUACACUGGAUAAAAAUCUAUCUAGUGGAUAAAGUGGAUAAUGCAAUUGGUUCCCCUAAUGCUUAUCCGCUGGAUAGAGAUUUAUCUAGUGGAUAGCGCUAUCCAACUUUUGAACAGCCGGGGCCUGUUCUGUUGACGGAGUCAUGUGAUAGAAGAUCAAAACUUGCAUGAUCAGAUUACAAGUGAUAGAGGGUGCAAAAGAAUGUGAUCAGAUUCAGUUUAGUUCAUUUUUAUUUAGCCAAAAUAUAAUACAAUACAGGAAUACAUAUACAAAUUAUUGUAAGUUGGCAAGGGAGCCCAGAAGAAACCAGAAGGCUUAUGAAGCCUGGGCUCCCAAGUAACAAAGAAAUAAGUAAAAUGAAAUUCACGGAGUGAUACGUUGAAAAAAAAAAUUGUGUUCUAUGCAUUCCAUUCAUUCUUAGUGGGAGUCCAAAUGACGGCUUGCAAUCAGGGAUAAAAUUUUUGAGACAUGGUAACUUUGGAGAGCAAAACAGUAUACACCUGUCCCGCCCAUGCCCCCUCCAUUCAAAGUUGCGGUGUUUGUUGUUUUCUACAAGUAGCUUGAACAGCUAGCUGCUCAACACAAUUCCAUGGAGGGGCCUGGGGGGGGGGGGCACUCCUGGGAAUUCUUGGUGGGGUUGUGCAGCCCAGUUCUCCAAAUCCUGACCCUAUUUCAGACCAAAAGAUGUAAUUUCCCACACCCGUUUUCAGACCAGACCUCUAAAAUCCAUGCCCGUUUUCAGAACUGGCCUUUACGCAGAAAUUAUGUUAUCAUUACUUAGAUUAGAGCGCAAACAAUAAAUUUCUUCAAAUCCGUUUCAAAUUCGCAUACUUCUCUUUCUUUCUUACUCAUUUGGAAUUGAAACAAUGAAUACAUUCAUACACUCCCGUAGUUCCUUCAAAAACCAUACCUGAUUCCAGACAGGCAAAGUCUUUACCUGUUUUCAGACCGAAAUGGCGCAAAAACCCUACCCGAUGGUGCGGCACAUACUUACAUAGCUUAUAUAAGGGAGUGAGGGAAAGCUACAUUUUCCCCUUGAUAAAGUUGGCAAAAUGUCAUAGAGGGCCCUUAGGGUCUCAACUGAUUUUGUUGCCAGUUGUGGUUAUGUUUGUGCCAAGCAUGCCUAAUAGCAAGCUGGAGACUGAAAUAAGUGCGGGCUCUUCUUGUUACCCGAAGUUAACAUUACAACCUAUUUUUCAGAUUGUUCCCUGUGUAUCAGAAGAUCUCUGAGCUAUGAACCACAGUGUCCAACAUGUUCUCUUGUAAGUCAUUGAUUUUCUCUGUUGUAAAUAGUUGGUUAACAUAAUGUGUCAAAUACGUAAUAAUAUAUAAAAAAUAUAUAAUGAUCUCGCCCAAGUAUAUCUACUUAACAGUGAAUGUGCACAUAUACAAAGCCUCCAUUUUUGUGAGAAAAAUAUGCCAUUGCAUAGGGUAAGUAUGAGAGUUGCAUGCUCUGGAUUUUACCAUCCUACUAAAGAGCAGUAGGGGCCAACUCUAGGUACGUGUCUUAUAGAGUUGGCCAUAAAGAGAGAGUUGACUACAAUGAGGGACAGAAGUGUUAGCACACUUCCAUAAAAUGGCCCCUUUUUAUAGUGGACAUAUCUAUCCCCUCCCCCUGUGUAUUCGCACUCCCUCUCCCCAAAAUUAAUGUUGUAUUAUGUUGUAUUUUAGACCCUUAACAGGGGUGGAUCCAUACCUUCGGAUAGGGGUGGGGGGGGCGGAGGGGGGGCUGGUCAUCCAGACCCUGAGAUAGAGGGAGGUCUCAAAAAAGAUUUUUUUCAACCCUUCGGGCCUCAAUUUGGUCUAAAGAUAAGGGAGGUCCUGGGCCCCCUAGGGCCUCUCCCCUAGAUCCACAGCUGCUUAAGUCUUUCUUUCACUACAAAUAACAUUGAUUUGGGGGUGGAGUAUUUACUGCGUUUAAACAGAAUGAAAUAUUACAUUCAUGAAAUUGUUGAUAAAAUUGGCAUUUUAGACAAGUGAGUCACUACUUUUGUCCCUGAUUGUAGGUGCAUGUAGCUGAUGGACAUUUGUAGGGAUAAAUGUACAAUAAGCCAAAAGAACAUCUCCCCCGGUGGCUAGUCAAGUGAUAAUUUGCAAUUUUUUUUUCUCUUUCAGAAAUUGAAUUCUCCAACUUUAAAAAAUAACAGAGUAUUAGAUGAAUUGGUGCAAAACUUCAUAAAAGUCAGGUAUAUUUUGUUUUUCUGUUACGUAUAAUUAAAAUUAUAGCAGGUUUCAGGUAGGAAUUUACUUUGAUGUGCUUAAUGUAUUAAUAUUCCUGUAAUUAUGAUCUGUUCCAGGACAAAACUGUUAGAAUUAGUGACGGGUAGCAGUAUAGAAAAAUCUCCAUCAGUGACUGCCGGCACAGUUGCCAAAGAAGGAGAAGAAGUGAAUAAGAGAAGCAAACUAACAAGCUCAAAAAGGAGAAAGGUACAUUUAUCAGUAUGUCAAGAAUAAGAGUUUGAAAUAGACUCUUCCACAUUUUAUUCAACUUUUGACAUGGACCAAUGAAAUUAGAUAUACAUGAAGCUCCACAGAGCUGCGAAAAUUUAUAGAUAUUUGUAUGGUGGGGGACAAGUUUAUGCUCCCCACCGGAUAAAUAUCUGUAAAAUCUCUUUCUCUAGUUUUUAACAAAUCACUAAUUUGAAGGCGUUCUUUUUAGUGGUGUUGAUUUUUCCUACUUGUCUAUGUCAAAAGUUGAAGAAAAACUGUUGAAAGGUCUUUUAAGACUGAGAAAAGGGUGGACUGAAAGGAAAUAGAACAAACUUUCUUGGAGCUGGGAGAAAAUAGGAUGGGAAAAGAAAGAGAGGUAGAACAUGCAGGGUGCAAAGAAAGUUUUACAGCUUGCCAUUCGGGCCAGCUGUAGCUAGAGUGUACUAGCUCACAAGUCAUUUUAACUAGCCCCAAAACCCUUUUUGACUAGGAGGAUUGAUUACAAUCCUUAAUUUGAAUUUCCCCAAAGAACAGCACUUGCCCAUUGGGCAAGUUAAGAGCGAAAAUCACUAGCUCGAUAGCAAAAUCCACUAGCCCCGGGCUAUCGGACACGACUUUCUUUGCAUGCUGACAUAGGAGGUAGGGGAUGGGAAAAGAUGGACUUUGGAAAGUGAAAGAAAAAGAAGUAGACACUGGGAAAAAGGGGAUAAAAACUAAAAAAACAAAACAGUUGAAAAACUGGGAGAAAACAGAUGGGAAUUUGGUGGAAAGUGGUAAAAGCUUAUGGAAAGGGAUGAGAAAUAUGUGAAUAGAUGAGAGUGGAAGAAAAAAAGGAAUGGAACUGGCAAAAGAAAAGGAGUUUUAAGGGGCUCCAAAGCAAGAUUUCUUAUUGAGUACUAGGAAAGAAGUGGUUAAUUUGUCAAUGAAUGGAAAUUUAAAUUUUUUUUAAUUAUACAUGGCAGGAUCAUGGAAGAUCUCAAAGGAGCUCCAAGUCUUCAAGUCCGGAUACAAAGAGACAAAAACUUGAUGAGGGGAAAGAGAGCAUCUCAAACUCAGAGGAAACUACUGAAAACAAUCUGAGGACAACAGCAGAGUCUUGCAGUAAAACAAAUACAGAAGUGAUUGUCAUCAAUGCAGAGGAGAGUUGCCAUCAACAAGCUGCUUCUGAGAUGCAGCCAAUGACUGUGGACGAAGAUAUGUUGGAAAAACAGACGCAACAGCAGCAGGCAGAUUCUGAUGUUGGUAAGUGGCCAACUAUCUGUGGUCUUCAAUGCAGUUUUUCCAGUGAAGAAGUUUGUAGGAAAAAGCCCUUAAUGGCAUGUGCUAAACUGCUAAUUAUUUCUCCUUCUGAAUUGCCUCAUAUUUUCUUGUUAAACUUAAGGAGAAUAUUCCCAAUAUCCAUAUACAAAUUCUCCAGACUAAUCUGAAUGAUAAAAGAUCAAGACAACCCCCUAAUUAGCAAAUCUUGAUCCUUUUCUCUUGUUAUGUAUUGAUAUUGUUAGGAGUAAGUUGAUGUUGUUCAUGUGCAUGUGCUAGCCCUCUUGGGACAAGUGUUAAACAUAAUGACAAGAGUCACUUCGAUCUUUAUUCCACAUAUCCCUCCUUUUAUAACUGAGGGGGUGUUUACAUGGGAAAACUCACACUGGUGCGAGUUUCAUACUGCGAUGAAAUUUAUAUUUUGUAUCGUGUUUACACUAUCACUCGGUCAUUUCAUAUCUCGUUAUUUGAAGAUACACUUUAUAUUGAUAAAUACACAUGUGAUUCAAAAUUGCAAACAUUAUGCAUGCACUACCAGUUCCAGUCUACCAGCAGACUGGUUUCACACUGAAAUGAGCGGUCGUUUCACGUUUACAUGAUACUGGUGCAAGAUUUCGUACCAGAGUGAAAUUCUUACUCCAGUACAACAACGGGGGUGAACUCAUGCUGGAGUGACUCACACGGGCAUUAAUGAAACCAACAAUAAUAUUUAUAUCCAUAACAUUAGGUAAUGAAAGAAUAUAAUAUUAUGAUAUACUUUGUUGGUUGAACAUAUUUUUAGCUGAAUGCCCAGUUUGUGGUGACAUGGUUCCUCACAAAAGAAUCAACACACAUCUUGAUACCUGCCUUACUAGAACAGAAAAGAAAAGUUCACUACGCAGGUUUGUACAAUAAUUUACUUUGUAAGAUUCCUCUUUUAGGGGAGAUUAACGCUCGCACAGUUUGCAUAAAAAGUGGUGUUCAAUAUCCUGGGGCUUUUUUUUUCGUGAUCGGAGAAGUCAAUUCUAUUCUUAACUUGCCUGACAAGCAAGAUGAAAUUUUGGGGGAAUUCAAAUUAAAAAACUACUGUAAGACAAAUAUUGUUAGAAUUCCUUAUUAAUUCAGGCAGAUCAAAACCUGUUUUUCAAGGUGAAGCUGAUUUGACUAAUAAUUAGUAAUGGUAGAAGGACUGAGUGGAGUCCAAUUCGGUCUGUAAUCAUAUGAGUGAUUAACAAAAUCGGACGACCGUGUAGCGGGAGUCUGAUUUGUUUAAUCACGAGUAGUUGUGAUAUAAUAGGCUAUUUUUUAAAUCAAAACACAAGAAAUUCGAAAUUUUGUUUUGCUAGCAGUGAAAAAAAAAAGCCAUUUAAGUGCGUGCAUGAUGGCGUGUACUGUCCAAUUACUUAGGCAUGACUCAUACUGUCCUAUUAAACUGUCCAGUUAAGGCUGAAAUCAGGGCAGUUGAUAGCCAAUCAGAUUUGAUUUGAAGUGAAAUAAUAUUAUUACAUUUAUUAUUACAAUAAAUUAAUAAAGCAAGUAAUCAAUAGACUUAUGGUUUAAUUAACCAAUAAUGAUAUUGACCAGAAAAUGACUCAACUAGCUUCAAAACACGGCUUAUUUUCAGUGAAAUUGUCAGGAGCAAAUGGGUUAAUAAUAUUAAUUAUUAACCCUGCUUGCAUUGCGAGUCUUUUCAAAAAGCCACUGGCUCUCUGUGAUUUGUUAAAAUGUUUCUAACCUUGCAUUAUAAAAUAAUGAUGAAAAACAGAAAGACAUCCAAGGAACCCAAGACUAUAUGUAGUACAUCAGCUAAAAGGAAACAUGCUCCACGUGUGGAAUCUAAGGAUUAUGAAGCUGUUUCAAGUGAUGAUGCAUCAUCAAGCUCUUUGGAUCAACAACCUUGUUCAUCAAAGUCCAGGGGUUCAUCUAGUUUGGCAGUAAAAGGCUCAAAUGCACUUAUGUAAGUUUAGUCCCAAGUUUGCUUUCAUUACAGACAGGAUUUUGUAUGUAGACUAAAAGUUAGUGCUACCUUGUACAGCAAAAUAAACAGGAAAACACUGCUCAGUAGCUGUAGCUAUAUAUAGCUUUCAUUCAAAUGGUCACUCUUUAGAAUAAUUUAUUUGUCCACUGAGUCAUUCAUCAAGUUUGGCUGUAAAAGGCUCCAAUGCACUUCCGUCAGUUUACUCCGAAAUUUUACUAAUACAGACAUGACAAGACAGACAGACAGAAUUUUGUCUAUAGACUCAAAGUUAGAGCUACCUUGUACAGUAAAAUAACAACACCCUAGGAAAAUACUGCUCAGUGGCUUUCAUUUUAAUGGUCUCAUUUUAGGAUUUCAUCCACAGACUCAAAAGUAAUGUACAACAUAAUAUUGAAAGAGUACCACAGGAAAGUAUACUACUUGGUAGUUUUUGUUUAAAUGGUCACACCUUAGAAUUUUGCCCACAAACUCAAAAGUUAGAAACACCUUGUAAAGCAUAAUAAACUCUACCAUAGGAAAGUACUGCUCAGUAGCUUUCAUUUUAAUGGUCGCACUUCAAGAUUUCAUCCACAGACUCCAACGUUAAAGCUACCCUGCACAGCAUAAUAAACAUUAUGUCACAGUAACAGUAACCCUUUUGGAUUUCACAUCAAAAUUAAGAACCACCUAGCACAUUUUUUUGAACUUGGAAGAUACUAAGGAUGGGCAUUAACUUUUUUAACUUGCAUUUACAGCCAGACAGUGCAAAAGAGGAAACCUCUUCCAAAGUUGGUGUACACUUUAAUGCCAGAGAAGGAACUACGACAGAGAUUGAAAGAGUGGAAUUUAUCAACAAAAGGAGAUAAAGCAGUCAGUAUAAACUUUUUUCCACAUUAUUACCUGUAGACUGUUUUCCUUUAUAAGGUAAAGGUGCACAAGAGACAGAGGCCCACACGGCUGGAGCUUAUACCAGUUUUCGUAGCAUGAAGCAUGCCUAGGAGUAUUGCUACUCUCCCCUGAACGGGAUGCUAGUCCAUCGCAGGGUUACCCUCCCAGCAGCAUGUCGCCGGUACCCAUUUAUAAACCUGAGUGAAGAGAGACGAAGUGGAGUAAGGUUCCUUGUCUAAGGAAACAACACAACAGGCGAGGCUUGAACCCUGGACCUCCAGAUCUAGAGUUCAAGGUGUUACCCUCUCAGCCACACAUCCCUCCUACUGUUUUUUUCCUCUAUAUUUCUUUAAAAUUAUUCUGCUCUAGGGCUCAGCUCCAGUAGCACCUGCCUGUCUCUGGAGACUUACUUUUUGCCUCUGAGUUAUAAAGAAAUGCGGGAAGUUUUAGUGGUCCUUUCUUUAGCCUGCAGGGCAGGCAUAUUCUAUGGGCCAGCGAGUGCUCAAUUAUUUCUUGCGGUUUCCAUCUUUGAUUUUGAAAGCAGAUGAAAUUAAUUUGGGGAGAGUAGAAAGUGGGUUUAGAUAAGGUGUGAGAUAAGGUGAAAGGCCAAGUUAGCCCCCUCCCCCCUUGCCAUAUCUCACAAAUGCACCACAUCAUGGACAAAUUCUACUUCUUGUCACACUACUCCCCAUGGUUGUCAGAAUGGUUUGAAGUAGAUGGCUGAGUUGUCAAAUAAGCGGCCAGUCCAGGGAUAUUUUGUUUAAAAAACGCCAUCCAUAAAGAAAUGCCAAGCAGAGUAGCCCGCCAAUACUAACCAAGUAGGUGGUAAUUUUCGCCGGCAGCUGGUUACUUUUGACAACCCUGCCCCCACUCCCACCCAGGGUUUUCAAUAGGAUUUUAAGUAGGUGGCAAAAAGCUUUGGAGUAGGUGAGAAGUGAAAAAAUCUUGCCGCAAAGGCACGAGUUUCUGGAAAUUUGGGCCUCUUAGAUUGGAUUUCCAGCAUUCUGGAGCAAACAUUAGUGUUUGAACAGAACACAGACAUCGUUAAAUUUUGGCUUUUUUAUUCAGCGACAGCACAUGCAUGCUCUAUUUAAACUGGGGUAAUUUCCAAAGAAAAGUAGGCGGCGAGUUCACAUGAAAAUAGUAGUCGGCAAAAAUUGCCGGCCACUGGCCCUUAUUGAUAACCCUGCCCACCCCAAAUAAAAAGGCUAAACUGUAGGCUAGGUUUAUCUUUAAAAGCCUGAAUUGUACUUUUUUAAUUCCAGAGUCUUGUCAAAAGACAUCACGAUUUUGUGUUGCUUUAUAAUGCAGAAUGUGAUUCAAUUAAGCCAAAGUCAGGUAUGAAUGAUUGUUAUGAACAAUUUUUCUAAAUAACUAAAUAAUGAGCAUUGGACGAGGUUGAGCAGAAUAUCGUGAUUUGUCAGUGGCGAGCAGAUCAAUUAUUUCCCGAAGCCGAGGGGGAGUAAUUGAUCUGCGAGACACUGACAAAUCACGAUAUUUUGCGAUAACCGAGUUCAAUAAUUGUUUUAUCAUUCAAUCACUGAGUUUGUUUUUUAAGGAAUAUCUUUGAGAAGCGAAGCGAUCUGCCAUUUUCAUGCAAGAGCGAUCGCAAGAAGGAGAAAGCAUGGUUUCAUUUACGCAUGAGCAGAAUAGUAUUUGCAGCGAAAAACAGUUGAACGACAUUGCGCAUGAGCACACCAUUAUUUGUAGGCAGUUAUUUGCAAGUCACGUGGUGGGCUCUCGGCCAGUGAAAAAGAAGAAACAUUUGCAUCGAAUGAUAAUUUGAAUUAUUUUUAACUUUGUUUCAUGGGCAACAUAAUUGAGUAAACAGUGAUAUUUCACCUCUUUUGCAGCUGCUCAAAUUGCCAGAGAAGUUGAAAAAGCGGAGAGAAUAAGAGCUAAGGAGGCCUUGUCCCUCAAUGAACCUUCAACUUCAACUGUAUGUACAUGUAGUAGUAUCUGAAUUGGGCAAACUUACCUCACUGUAGUCAUAAAUAUUUGUUAUUGGCAGAGUUUGAUACAGUCUUGAAUUCCUGAAAAAGUCUUCAAUUUCCAGACCUAAAAAAAAGUUUGGAAAAUAGAGGUUAAGUCUUGAAAAAAUGGUAAAAAGUCUUUUAUAGUUACAACAAGUGCUUUACAAGAGAAAUUUUUUUUGUGCUGAUCAAAUCUUAUUCAAUCUCGCCUGUACAUUUGCAGCACAUCAUGGAAAAAGCUUUGUUCCAUCAUAUUUCUUAAGGUCUCUAUUGAUCACUUAUUUGAUAACUUUUAGUUUGUGGAAAAACUCUGGAAAAAGUCUCAAAUUUGUAUCCAAAAAUGUGUAUGAACCCUGUAUUUGUAAAAGCUGAAGAAUUUUUAAAGCAACAAUUAAAAAUUUCUGUUAAUCAUAUUAUUGUCCAUUGCUUUGGGAUUUUUACCAAGUAGGGUGCAACACGCUUAGCUUUAUCUGUGAUGCAGUAAUAAUUUGCUGAAGAAGUGAAAGAGCUCAAAAAUGGAGUAGGUCAAGUAGAGCUACAAAGACAACAUGGUUCCAGUAAUCAACUCCAGUAUAAAUUUGUUUCAACAGGGUCUUCGUUUUGAGAAAAACCAGACUGAAGAUGAUAUGGAUAAAGUGCGUCAAAAAUACUGUGAGUUGGCACCACGAGAACUCUCAAGCUCUUGACUUGAGCAUGGGGUUUGGGAAAGGGAUAUGGAGACUGUCCCUACACCCCCCCCCCCCACCCUCCCUGUUCUGAGUCAAAAACUAGCUUCUUGGCCGGAUUAUAACAACUUCAGAAACUUUGCAGUCUUAAAUAAGAGAAUAAUGCGGAGUGUUAUUUGGCUCUACCUGGUAUCACAGAUCUAAGAUUGUUAUUGUAAAGGGGUUAAAGAAAGUAAUUUCUUAGAAAUCGAUUUUGAGAUAAAUAUUAGCGAUAAAAUAUCACGACGUUUCGACCUCUCCGAGGUCAUUUCCAAGUGUAUAAAAGUUCUCUAAAUUAGCAUAAAUAAGUUAAAAACAAGUUAUAAUAGAUAAAAAUGUGGUGAACGCUAAAAUGUGAUAAAAUAUGUAAAAAUGUAAAAAGUGCUAAAAAUAUUUAUAAACGAAUUGAAGAACACAAAGGAUGGGCAAUCGGAAACCACCUCAGAGAGCAGCAUGAUAUGGAGCCUGAAGACAUCGCACAAAGUUUUAGAAUCUUAAGAAAGUGUAACAAACAGUGCGAUUCAAUUCACGCCAAAUUAUUUGUUUAGAGUAGUUCUUGUUAACAUUGUUUUAUUUCCAUUGUUUUUUGACUUUAUAAAUAUUUUUAGCACUUUUUACAUUUUUACAUAUUUUAUCACAUUUUAGCGUUCGCCACAUUUUUAUCUAUUAUAACUUGUUUUUAACUUAUUUAUGCUAAUUUAGAGAACUUUUAUACACUUGAAAAUGACCUCGGAGAGGUCGAAACGUCGUGAUUUUUUAUCGCUAAUAUUUAUCUUAAAAUCGGUUAAAAAAAGACUGCCGAAAUCAGAGGUAUCUGGGUGUCAGCAGGGGGUGUGCACCUCAGGAAAUGUUUUGAAUAUUCAAGUCUUGGGAAAUGAAGUUUAUACCAUAAUAAGGAACUAAUCAAGGUAUCAAGGUGUUUACAUCAAGGUACAAGGUUUGUCUCAGCACUCACAAUGCUUGGCCAAUAUACCAUGGAUACAUACUGAUACUCAACCAAUGGUUCACCAAUGCCGGUACAAUGCUGACACACUACUGAUACUAUCAGUAGCAGUACUGUUGACCAAAGGUUGACUGAUGAUUGGUCGAUAUGUCAGUCGAUACUUGACUGAUACUCUACUGACACCUGACUGAUAAGUGACCAAUACUCAACCAACACUCAACUGACAAUCAAUAUGUGACCGACACUCGGCUGCUAUAUCAAUCAAUAUGUAAACUGACCCUUGGUCUCCAUUAGUUGACACCCCCUAUAAGGCACUAGAUCCAUCAGCACAAGGUAACUGGGCCAUCUACUGGAGUAUUAUUGUGACAAGAUUAAGGAAGGAUGCACUUUUAAAGCUCUCUUGUUGGGUAGCAAACUGAAAGCUACAAUCCUGGUCAAAACGUUUGGGACACUUUGCUUUUUGGGUGAGGAAAAUAUAAUUCAAGUUGACCCCCUCCCCUCCUGAACAGUGUUGGGUGUUACAAGUCAAACACCUUUUACAUAUCUUGUACACUUUAUGGACCUCAACUUUGUUUAGGGGGGGAGGGGUGGGGGAAAAUCUUGUUAAGGCCGUGUUUAUGAGUGUGUAUCGCAGGUUAGCUGCAAAUUCCAUACAAAACCAAGUGAAAAAGGGGAGGUGUCCCAAAACCUUUUGGCCAGGAUUGUAGCUUGUAGAAAGACAACACAAAACCCUGCCUAACAAUGUAAUGCAAGGACUUGCCCUCUUGUAAUUACGAUUACUUUAUCUUCCAGUGAAAGAACAUGAGCAAGAAUUUGACAAGUUAAUCAGUGAUGUUAAAAAUAGGCAACGAGGCAAGAGAAAGAAAACUGCAAAAGAAAUUCCAGGUUAGUAGGGACAUGUGAAGAGAAAAUACUUGUUUUUCCUUUGUGUUAUUGGAGAAAGCUAGAAUCUUAAGGUUGAUAAUUUAAAUCUUCUCGUAAAUAAAUCACCAUAGUUGGAAGUUUCCUUUUUUCCGCUCAGGUAGUGAAAGCCUUUCAGCUUCGAAAAAGUGUGAACCUGGUGAAAAAUCAGCAAAAGAUGAAAAUGAUCAGAGUUGUAACACAAAGCGUGAUGACAUUGAUGCAGAGAAGACAAUUGCAAAUCUUGAAAAUGGCCCGUCAAGUUUUAUGGCAAAUAACAAAGAUUCCUCAGUGUUUGACCAGUCCAAGAGUUCAUCUUUAAUUCCUGAACCACCUUCAUCCCCAAGCCUCAUUUCAUUGCCUGAUGAAGAAGAUGAGUUAACUCCUUCACUAGGAUUGGAGAAUGAUGAUUUGGUAAUUGUUGUAAUACAUUCCUACCUGUUUUAAGUGGUCUCUAAUGGGGAAUGGCCAACUGACAGCUUAACCCUUUAAACUCUAAGGUCAAAAUUUGAAUUCUCAUUUGUUGCCCCUAUUCGUUUCCUACAGAAGUAGUGGGGAGAAGUUGAUAAAAUAUCAAGCAAAUUCAUCUUGUGUGAUCAUGUUAGUAAUUCUCAUAACUACUCUGUUUUACAAAGUAUUGAUAUUACGAGGAGAAAUUUGAAGCUGAUCACUCUUAGUGCUCAAAGGGUUAAUACAAAAAGAGUUGAUCAGAAAAAUGACAUGCUUUGUAUAGACAUGUACAAUCUAAGGUUGCCCGGAAAAAGUCAGGUUCUUUCCCUGCCAGCGUGACAGUAUAACGUAACUAAUUUGACCUAGUGGUUACAAAGCGAAAUAAUCAUCACAUGACAUUGACCUCAAAGUGUCUCUACUUAUUCUUGUGCCAAAAGAAGGGAAGAUGAAGACCACGAUACACUAUUGCACCAGUACAGUGCAUAUGGUACAUCUUGACAAAGUGAUGUUUUAACCCUUUAAGCCCCGAUAUCCACAUAUAAAUUCUCCAUACUGAUCGUCAUUCAUUUCUUUAAAGAAUUAGUUGAGAGAGUUUGAUAACAGAUCAAAGCAUUUUCUCUUUACCGAUCAUUGUAUUAACUCUCAUAACCAUUUCUCUUGGCAACAUAUGGAUAUUGUUAGGAGAAAAUUGAUGUUGGUCACCUUUGGCACUUAAAGGGUUAAUAGAGGUGAAGCCAAUAAACCAAAUCGUUGGGACCUCGGAAAAGGUGACCGUAACCUCUUAACCCUUUAAGUCCCAAUAGUGACCAACAUCAAUUUUCUCCUAACAAUAUCCAUAUGUUGCCAAGAGAAAUGGUUAUGAGAGUUAAUAAAAUGAUCAGUAAAGAGAAAAUGCUUUGAUCUAUUAUCAAACUCUCUCAACUAAUUCUUUAAAGAAAUGUAUGAAGAUCAGUAUGGAGAAUUUAUAUGUGGAUAUUGGGGCUCAAAGGGUUUAAAAAGUGUGCAUGUGAAAAAACUUCCACCCUCAAAGUUGAUCACAGAGAUGUUGCGAUUCAGUUUUAUCCCUGGUUUAAGUUUUUUUUUUUCCUUUUUUCUUCGUUUCAAACUCAUUAUCAUACACUACUUUACCCGAAAAACAAUGGAAAAGGAUAAAAACAGAACCACAACACAGACACGAAAAAAUGUCUAAUAAUUUGAGUGAUCGAAAAAAAACUCUGAUGCAAUUUUUGAUCCCUUAGGACUGUAAAGAUGAGGAUUCCAGAGAUCCAAAUAUUAUUCCAGAAAGGUAUUGUUUUAUAACAUUAUAUAGCUGUGUAAGUUGAUAUUAUUUUGAAAUAAACCUGGGUCAAUCCAGAUUGUCCCGGCAGGUGGCAACAAGGGGGCAGGUGGUUUUGGGUGGGGAUUCAAGGUCCUACCUUACGUCCUCGCCGUGACCCCUGGACAAUGCCGACGAGGUCUCAGUCGCUAACUGGGUCUUCUGAUGCGGCUAACAAGACAACAGCACCACAACUGAGGACCAAUCUCCCCUUUUGCAUAACACUGGAUUACAACAGCAGAAAUCUUAAUUUAAAUGUGGCUAACCUAGGUUAACCUUUAGGCAGUGCUGCAGUGAUUUCUGGGUACCUCUAAGCCCACGCUAUUUUUAAGGCACCAGCAAACUGAUAAAAAUAAAUUGAUGUUGAGUGCUAAAUAUAAUAGGUCUUUUUACUUCUACUACCAUAAUCCUUCAGGGUUUUUCUUUCUUGUGCAAAUGAGGGUCUUUGAUAUUAAUUUUAAACCUUACUGGGAUUACAAAGUUAAAUAGGAAAGAAGAAACAAAAUGAAUUCUGGUCUUAGUAGUAAAAACACAUCAUCAUGCAAAUGGCCUAUUUACCAUCAAACUCAGAAAUCCAUGAACAUCUGAAAUAGUUCAGGAAUGAUGGUUGUGUAGUGACCAAUCACAAUAAAGAACAGGGCAUGCAAGCAAAUCUCAAAUCCACAGACAAAUUAUUACUAUUGCUGUUUGCAGCUUAGUUUUCUCACACAAAUUUUUUUUCCUUGGAAACACAGUAGCAUUCCAUACAUUUAGCAGUACUCAUGCUAACAUCACCACUGAUGUCGAUGUGCCAAUCAGAAGCACAAUGAUUCUUGAAACAAAAGAUUAAGCUGUUUACGCGUUACACAUUUGAAUAAUGAAUUAAUUUAAAACAAUGUUUGUAAACAGUGAGUAUCACUAAUUCAGGUGUUCAGUCUUCUGAGUUUCACAGUAAAAAGCCUCUGCAACAGUAAAUACACACAAAAAAGAUUGAACACCUUAAGAAUUCAUUUCUCUUUCUCCAAAAUAAUAUGCAAAGUCUGACUCUCUCCUUCCUCCUGCUUAACUUUCAGCCCUGUUAUAAAAGUAGGAAAAGCAGAGGAUGCAAACGUUAACACGCACACUGCGGCAAGUGACAGUGAUGAGGAGUUCCAGCUUCAUGCAUCAGUUAGCAGCAAAAGAAUCAAGUCAAACUUAUUCUGA